GAGCAAUUGUAGUAGGCUGAUGAUGAUAAGAAAAAUAGUAGUAAUACGAUGUUGGUGGCGUUCAUAGCGUAUGACCUCUUGUAUUUCCCAACAACUCAGAGGUGAGUGAGUAACUAAGCAGCAGCACGAGUAACUAGUGAUUGCGUUUUCAGAGGAGUUUGCAUGGUUUGAUGGCCGCAGCGAAUCAAACCGGUCCAGCAAUGCAACGGCGAUUGAUGACGCACCGAGACACCAAACCCCAACGUCUCCCAGGCGGCUGCUUGUUCGUCCUGGCUUGUUUGUGAUUAGCUGGACUUGCAGCGGAACAAAAGGAAUACAGUUCGUUCAAAUAAACGGGGCUAUCUAGCCUGCCUGCCUCCUCUCCAUUUCUGCCGGCCCUUCCCAUGGCCACAUACUUCCUGUGUCCUCCAGGCUACUUUCCACCACCACCAGUGUCUAGCCCACUUCAUUCAACCGACGCCCAACUCCAUCCAACAUAGUUGCCCCCAUGUUACGAGGACUUCUCCAUGAUAUGCUUUAAUUCCCUGUGAGCCAGGAGGCUCUAAAAUCCCCUUAGCCCGCCAUGUCAUACUUUCUUCCCUCAUUUUUCCAGAAGCGACUGCUGAGAUAUGCGUUAUCGCGACUGGAGCUGGUCGACACUGACGCCCUUGACUUAGAGAGCUUGGGCAUCAGAUGGGGGCAGCGGAGCACUUUCGAACUGAGGGAUAUUGGUCUACGGCUCGAGAAGCUGUCUUCGGUCCUGCGAUUACCUCCAUCCUGCAAGCUCACGAAGGCUACGGUUUCGCUCAUCCGCGUGACGAUACCCGCGGAUAUAUACAGCAGCAGUAUCGUCGUCGAAGUUGAAAAUGUACAAGUAAACUUGAAGUUGCUCUCGGAUGAGACUCCUUUAGGCGGAGAUAGUCACGAGACCUCCGGGGCUUCUGGGCUAUUCAAAAGCCCCAUCGCGAGUGAUCCCCCUGCACCCCAACCCCAUAGUCAUGACCAAUCUAGUGAGAAGGCUAGAAUACUUCCGUCCACCACGGAUCUUGCUCAAUCUUUCCUUGAGUCGGAACCCAAGGAAGAAAAAGCGGAGCUGGAAGCCGCUAUUUCGUCCCAAUCGCAAUAUUCCCAGAGCUCUGAUGGCCUCAGCGAUGAUGGAGAGGAGGAGCUCGGUAUUGGAGUCGAAGAUGGCAUGUCAUUGCCUGGCUUUGUUGCUGGGUUUUUCCAAGGUGUUGCUAAUCGCCUCCAGUUGAAGAUCAAGGAUAUGACUUUCAAAAUCGACAUGGACCUGCCUCAUGAUAGAACGUCGAAUAGUUCGCAAGAUCUAACGGUAGAUCCUAUUACGGCUGUGUUUACAGUCCAGAAUAUAUCCAUAGACAGCGUGGCCUCAUCCCUGGAGGAGGGACCAGAGUUGAAGGCUGGUAAACGUUUUAUAUGCCUCUCACAGAUUAACUUGAUGAUCCUUGCGGAUGCGGGAGUGUUCUCGAGCUAUUCUCAUUUCACCCCUCCUUCUCUUGAAUCUCCUUCUACCACUCAUUCCACUCAUUCUACCCAUUUCGUCCAUUCGGAUCUUAGCCACACACCACUGAGGGUCUCCUCCCCAGCGCCCCCCUCCUCUUCCUCUGAUUCGUGUCUUGCCAUGUCGCGUGGAACUAUCCUAGACCAGCCUUCCAUAUUGGAAGAUACCGAUCCCAUUCCCCAUCUUCAGGAUUCAAUUUAUACGGACGAUGGCAAGUUCUCGGAUGCUGGGUCAGAAUGUGAAUACGGAAAUGGAAAUUAUUUUGACCAUACUCGUCCGGCGCCCGAGAGCAAGUAUAAUGAAAAUCCACUGGAUAAUUCUGGCUAUCUCGAUGAAGCUAUACGAUCCCACCUUGCUGAUGAACUUGAAAACUCUACUCUGUCAAUUGCUCAUUCGACCGACUCUGUGGACGAACCCUCUGGGGAUACCCCUCGGCCACAGAGCUCAACCUCCUUACCCGACGAUCAUAUGUUCCAUUCAAUGGAAAAUUCCACUGUUUCUAUAAGCUCUCCAUCUCAGCAUUUAGAAACAGCCUCAGUUGAACGCCAGAAUGAAUCUUCAGAUCCCGAUCGGGACGAGCUUGAGACUUCUGUUUUGGAUAGCGCGCCCCAUAUACAGGAACCAAGCGGAUCCGAGCCUAGUAACCCGCAACAGAAGCAUUCAGAACCUGAUCCCGUCGUCGAAGACUUGUCGAAAUCUAGAAUAUUUACGCAUGAAGAAGCAACAAGUAUGUAUAUGAGUGUGAUGAGCUCGAUAUCGGCUGGUUCUGGAUCUCUGCCUGAUAUGCCUGGAGGGUGGGAAUCACCAAAAUAUGAGAGUACCACGAGAGCCGCUCCUUCUCUCGCCCCGACUUCGUCGAUGGGUAUUGAUCCCCUUUCAACGGCUUCAGAAGGGACGCCGAAAGCCAAGCCAGUUGUUGAAGUGGAGCAUGAUGGUCGAGAUACUUCAGAUGAUUUAGGAAGUCCCCUACUGCCAAUCACAAAUCAACCGGGCGCUACAGUACCCGAAAUGCAGUUUCAAGAUUUACCAGAUUAUACACCUAAGGUUGCCAAAAGGGUCCUUGAAAUUGAUGAACUCUCCCUAUGGUUACCGUCCCUUGACAAACAAAGUACGAAAGCUCCGGAUGCAUCGAUAGAAAGCCACCAAAGAAAAGAAUUUGACCACAUGGAGACGUCAACGACCAGCUGUGCAGAUUCGGUCGCUGGUGAUGGGCCUAGUUCUUCUAAAAAUCGGCUUUCUCGGCAGCCCUGGAGAGCAUCGACUUCUUCCCAAGCACCUCCCCCCGACGUGACCUCCCCAGAAAAAGUAGAUACUCGUGCCUCGGGACUGCACGAUGGGACGAUUUUAGCUCGUGUUUCUAGUAUUACUAUUGAGUUUGACAUCGCUUGUGGAUGUCUUUUGGCCAAGAUGGGUAGAAGGCUCGUUUCUACUUGGAAUCUCAACGGCGGUAGAGAGGAAUCCCGAAGUGAGAGUAGUAACACGACAGCCUUGCCAUUAGAUCUCACGCUCACAAGCUGCUCUGUCAGAUUCUUGGAACAUCUUCCUCUCCAUCAUUUUGCUCUUGACGUUACAAACCACCAGGAUAAUUCUUCUGCUAAGGAGAUCAUCCUACGCGUAGCAUUAUCAGGGAUAAACUUCAAGUCGUUAGUUCGAGGUGACAGCUCGGAAUUUACCUUUAAUGUCACAAAGUUCACCUUUGGCCACGCGUCGGAAGAUAUUAUAUCAUUUGACGAAGGACUAAAAAUGCGCGAUUCCAUCCGAGAUGAUUUCCAUUCGAAGCAAGGAGACAUUUCAUUAUCGGUGGUUUCAACGAAGCAGGACACCAGAGUGGACUUAUUAACCCUUCCUGUCCAUCUUGCAUUCAAUCUUGAACGGCUUGACGAAACUUUGAGUUGGUUUGGCGGCUUAAGCACUAUUUUGGAGGUAGGCAAUUCAAUUGCCUCAACCUCCACCAUAAAAGGAGGCAAAGCUGAUCCGAGCCAACGGCCUCGUGGUGUACAUUUUGAAGUAACUCCUUCCAAGGCCCCAUAUUUACCGGUGGGGAGCCCCGGAGCUAAUCCUACCUCCUGGAAAAUCAAUACUCGAAUGAAAGGCUUUGUCAUGACUUUACAAGGAGAGCAGUGCAGCGUGAAACUUAAAACAACCGCCAUCAAGAUUGUGAGUCGGUCAGCAGGAAUAACAGUUCAAAUCGACAAAGGAAAAUUGACUGGGCCUAUCCUGAAUGGCGAUUAUAAUCCUGAAACUAGCGCUAUUACCAAUUUGUUGAAUAUUCGCGCCCAGUUUAUGUUUGCGCCAACGGAGGAGGACCUGGAUCGACUCCUCCUACUUCUGACUCCUUCCAAAGACAAGUACGAUGAAGACGAUGACAUAAUGCUUGACACUUUGUUCAGACAGAGGAAACAAGGAGCCGUGCUUCGAUUAACUGUUGGAAACCUCAAGGCAGAUUUUCCGCAUCCGGAGAUGCUCAAACCUUUAUCAAGCCUCGGAAAUGAGCUGGCUAGACUCUCUACAGUCACGAAAUAUCUUCCGCAGGAUGAUAGGCCAGGAAUACUUACCUUAAUCCUUGUCCGAGAAUGCUCUUGUGGAGUUGCAUUAGGUGGAGGGAUAGGUGAUAUCGAAAUUACUUCUGCCGGAAUGGAAGCCGCACAUGUUGGUAUUCCAUCGCUGAUGGCGGCUCGUGUGUCUUCACUCGCGAUCACACGGAAUGAUGAGGAGGAACUCGUUGGGGAAGCUGUAAACUCCCAAGACGAAAUUAACAUUACAGCCCUGCCCAUGAUAAUGGCGAGGUUUAUUGCAGAUGAAAUGGAUCCAACCGUCAAGAUAAAGCUCCACAACGUCCGUUUUGAAUAUAAUGUUCCUUCAAUCGUUGCUUUUCUCGGACUUGACAACGACAUGAGUGCUGAAGAUUUUGCUGCUAAUCUUGCAAAUUCCGUUGUCAAUUUGGCUGAGCUAAAGUCCCAAGUGGCGACAAGUCAUCGGCUGACACAAUCCUCAAUGAGCUCCGGAAGCUCCAGACCCUCAUCACCGGUUCCAUCAAAGUUAUCGGUGAUUUUGAGAGACUGCUUAGUUGGACUGAACCCUCGAAAAUCCCCGGCCAGGGGAGUUAUGGUUUUCACUUCCGCAAAAUUUUUAGGUUCACUAGAUAAAGAUGAUACCCUUGAUGCGUCUUUGGAAAUCCAAAAGGCCUCUCUGAUGAUCAUCAACGACGCCCGGAAUGUCGGUACGCAUGUGAAGUCACAUCAACGAACAUUCAGCGAUAUUCAAAGCAACCAGGUUCAACUUCUACAUGGCAUGGGAUAUGUUCCUGUCUGUUAUAUUUCGUCGGCUGCCAUUGUCAUAAAGGUCAUGCAGCUUGACGACAACCGUGAGAAAUCCGUCGAUAUUGAGGUGAGGGAUGACUUACUUAUCUUGGAAACGUGCGCCGAUUCAACUCAAACGUUGAUUACCAUUUUAAAUGAGCUGGCGCCUCCUUCACCUCCAAACAAAGCGCUCAAAUAUCGCACCGAAGUCAUGCCAAUCGAUGACAUGCUAAGCUCCUUUACGGGGAACGCAUUCGACACGGACCCCAUAUCGGCGGGUGACAAUCUCUCCAACCUUCCCACCGUUGACGAAGACGAAAAUGAGAGUGGGUUGGCCGAGGAGCUGGAGUAUGUCAGUGACUUUUAUCCUAUGAUAUCGGGAACAGGCAAGCAUGAUGUUGGGAUGCACAUAUCAGGUGCUGGCAAUGCGGAUGAUGCUCCUCCUGGACUAGCUCAUGGGUCGAGAAGGCUCCUUGAAAGCUUCCAUUCUGAAGCUCACGUCACAUCCAGCGUUUCCAGUUUGGAUUUCCAGGAUAAUCAUUUCGCGCGGAAAUCUGCAGUUGGAGGCACAGCGCAUAGGUGGGACUCCACAUACAAUACCUACGCGCUUACCAAUGAUGCCAAACUCCGCGGUAGCCCGCUUAGAGUAAGGGUUCGCGACGUCCAUUUCAUAUGGAAUCUUUUUGAUGGCUUUGACUGGCAACAGACGAGAGAUACUAUUUCUAAAGCUGUCAAGGAUGUUGAGGCAAAGGCGAGUGAAAAAUUCGCCCGCAGUGGUGGACGUGCAUCUCCCCAAAUAGAUAGUGAAGAGGAUGUGAUUGGGGAUUUCCUGUUUAACUCCAUCUACAUCGGAAUCCCGUCGAAUCGAAACCCCCAACAACUGCGAGAAGACAUUAACGCUCAUAUCGAUGAUUUUGCCAGCGAGACAGGUAGCUUUACAACAACUACGACCAUGACUGACGGGACAGCAACCACAAUCAAACCUCCGUCGAAAAAGAACAAGAAACUCCGAUUGAGUCGUAGCAAACGCCAGAAGAUGACAUUUGAACUGAAGGGUAUAUCUGCGGAUUUAGUGGUGUUUCCUCCCGGAUCUGGAGAGACCCAAAGCUCAUUGGAUAUUAGAGUCAAUGAUUUGGAAAUUUUCGACCAUGUCCCAUCAUCUAACUGGAGAAAGUUUGCAACCUACAUGUAUGAUGCAGGCGAAAAGGAGAGCGGCACCGGCAUGGUUCACCUAGAAAUACUAAAUGUCAAGCCAGUGGCAGAGCUUGCCGCGUCGGAAAUUGUUCUUAAGGCAACUAUUCUCCCCCUUCGCCUUCAUGUUGAUCAAGAUGCUCUUGAUUUCAUGACUCGGUUCUUCGAAUUCAAAGAUGAUUCAGCGCCCGUUGACACUUCGCCAACCGACCAACCUUUCUUGCAGAGGGUCGAAGUGAAUGCCGUUCGUGUCAGAUUGGAUUUCAAACCAAAGAGGGUAGAUUACGGGAGCCUACGAUCCGGACGUACUACGGAAUUUAUGAACUUCUUCGUUCUCGAAGAAGCCGACAUGGUCCUCCGCCACGUAAUUAUCUACGGUGUUUCAGGAUUCGAGAAAUUAGGAGUAACCCUUAACGAUAUUUGGAUGCCGGACAUCAAAGCCAACCAGCUUCCAGGAGUUCUUGCAGGUUUAGCGCCCAUAAAGUCUCUUGUCGGCGUAGGUAGUGGAUUCAAGGACCUAGUCGUCAUUCCAAUGCGGGAGUACAAGAAAGAUGGCCGUGUUGUGCGCAGCAUCCAGAAAGGUGCCCUAGCAUUCGCCAAAACAACCACCAACGAACUUGUGAAGUUAGGUGCUAAGCUUGCCAUCGGUACCCAGACCGUCCUUCAAGGGACCGAAGAUUUCCUCACUACGCCAGGUGGCCUUGCGCCGCAACGAGCUUUCGCAACAACAGAUGAUGAUUCGGCGGACGAGGAGCAACAAAAGCAAUUCUCCCCUUACGCAGACCAGCCAGUCGGCGUCGUGCAGGGUUUGCGAGGUGCGUACGCGAGCCUUGAGCGUGAUCUUCUCAUGGCACGUGAUGCAAUGGUUGCUGUUCCCGGCGAAGUGAUGGAUAGUGGAAGCGCUCAAGGCGCUGCUAAGGCACUGUUAAAACGAGCCCCUACCGUGAUUUUGAGGCCUGCUAUUGGUGCAUCAAAGGCUCUUGGACAAACAUUAUUGGGCGCGGGAAAUUCACUGGAUCCUACCAACAGAAGACGAGUUGACGAUAAAUACAAACGGCACUGAGUGCUGUACCGGGAUAGCUGUACUCCAGGGGGUAUUUCUUUUUGCAUGGCUCUCUGUUUCGCAACGUAUCUUGCCUCCUCCCCUCCACCAUAUUCAUCCAGUUCACAACCCAGCCACGAAGUCUGAUUAUUGCUCACGAAUUAUCAUUGCUUCCCUUAAGAUUUUGCUUAUUUACCCUCUAUCGCGGACAUUUCUAGAGCAAUUUGAAGGACCAAGUUUUACAUUCAUGACCACGCAGAUCGGAUUUUAUGAGAAUGGAGUUUUAUAUCUUUUAUUUCUCAUUUUAUUUUUCUGGGGGUAAUUUUGACAAUUUUGGAGUUGCUAUUUUUUAUUUUUCCUUCUUUUAUGUUGGAACGAUACCCGUUUUAUGACAUAAGGAUUGUUUUGCCCUUCAUUGAGCGACAUUUAGUUUACCAUUACGAUGGCAAUUCUAUACAUACAUCAUGUUGUUCUAUGUGAUACUGUCCUCUCAUAUCGUGGCGUUGUUUUCUUUCUUUAUUUUGCUCUGUUAUGAGAUUGAUCAUUGUUAGCAUAUAUCUACUAGAUAAGCUUCUGGAUGUCAUUUCUGGAAAAUUCGGUCCUCAGUCUACUUAUUGGUUAGGUUCUCGUCCUCGGAAUCACAGAAUUCCCAGCUCUAUCACCCCUUGAGCAGAAAGAAGCAUAGAUGUGACCAGUUACAAAAUCUUUGAUCUUUUUUCAACCCCUAUUGCUGAAAACUAUCAGCUCGGGCAGACUGGGCUUUAAAUUUCCCCUUGUUUUUCUCCAUUAGGAAUCUACUUACAGCUGAUACCUUAACUUUUCCAAUCUGUACCCUGAAUAUAUGUCCCCAUAUGCUAUAUCUAUCAAACUACUUAGCUCUCGGCAGUCAGGCAAGCCCUCAGCUCAGUAGGCCUAACUGGAGCGAAACCGAGCUGACACACUACUAGCCACUGAAAGUUGAUAUUAUUGGUCUAAGCGCCUUGUCAUGGGAUGUUUUUUCGUGCAGAGGACAAUGUGCACCGCCUCAUGCAGCACCAAGCCACAUGUCGAACCACACCCAACGCAUUUGCUGUUAGAAUGUCUCGACACAUUCGAAAAUCAACUCAACUAGAAAGCAGCCAGCAAUGGAGAUCGUAGAUUUGAUAAGAACUUUGUUCACUUUGUUUCAAAACUCUGUGUUGCAUGUGUCAGUACCAUUGGAAAACAUGUGCUGGUAUCACGAACUCUCCACACAGGUGUCUGUGACAUACAUGCCGGAAUCGCCAUGCUCUAUCACCUAAAAGUAGCCAUUCCCGAAAUUGUAUCUUGUACAUUUCGAAAUGUCUUCAAUACUGUCACAAGCAAAAGUUUGCAGCAAUUUCUCACGCGUUGAUGCAAAGCGUUUGUUAAGAAUAAAUUCUGGAGGUCCACACCUACAUCAUCUUCGACUUUGCAGGAUAAUAUCCGUGGCGAAGUUGCCAAACAGACACGGAAGAAAAUAAUUGUUUCCUUCAAGCCGUUGAUCCAGCCUUUACGAGUCUAUCACACCAUUGGCCUUAAUUCCAUGAAAUACCCAUGAGAGGGAUGACAUGUGAAAGAUAACGGGAGAUGCAUGAACGUAACCCCCCUUCUCUUUCAUCUAGGACAAUACGUAGGCAUUGUACGGCGUCCUGCAGAAAAGCCCCGACUUGGUCCCGAGCGUGGUUGGUUCAAACUACCACAGGGUCCAGCAACAUGCCCAUUGGUUCCCAGGGAUGAAGAUUUUCCUUCUUCCUUCCUUUUGACCUCAUAGAAUAAAAUUUCAUAUUAUUUUGUGAAUAUGAGAGUGAUAUACAAUUUUUG